AAACAGUCAAAAAGUCAAAACUGCGAACCAAAAACAUUCAAUGAGUGAAUGUGAAUGAGUAAUUAUUUAUUAAUUAUCCCGACUUCACCAAAAAUUAAGUAAAUAAAAAUAUAUUUUGAUAAGUAUUCAGUUAGCUUUUAGGUGCGCUAAUCCAGUCAAAUCUACAAAAUGGCUACAGACGAAUGUGAUAUAAGGAUGUGGCUUUUCAAAUACAGAAAUCUAGAAGCCACUUUAAGGGAAAUAUUGAAUGUAACAAGUCAUUAUCCUGGCUUGCAAGUUUUAAAAGACUAUUACAUAUUCAAUGAUGGUACUCCAAUGGAAUUGGUGCAGCUCAAUGGCACUAUACCUGUCAGGUUUAAAGGGGCAAUUUAUAACAUUCCUGUCUGUAUAUGGUUGAUGGAUACACAUCCUAAUAAUGCUCCUAUAUGUUAUGUGAAGCCGACACCUGACAUGUCAAUCAAAGUUUCAAUGUUCGUUGACCAAAAUGGCAAGAUAUAUUUACCAUAUCUUCAUGACUGGAACCCAAAUACAUCAGAUUUAUUAGGUCUAAUUCAAGUUAUGAUAGUAACGUUUGGAGAGCAGCCUCCAGUAUUCGCAAAACCACAAAAUAAGGAAAUACCAUAUCCCAUGAAUUCUUUCGGUAGCAACUCUUUCAUGCCAUAUGGUAACACUCCUUAUCCACCAACAAACUACCCUAACUACCCGGGUUAUCCCCCGUCCAGCUCCCAAUCGACGGGAAGUUACCCACCGCCAUACCCAAAUUCUUAUUCAGGCUAUCCAACUCCUGGCGGUUUUGGGAGCGCCAACUCGGUGUCAACAUCUGGAGGAACAGGUACUAUUAAAGACGAACACAUUAGAGUGUCAUUGUUAUCGGCGAUAGAAGAUAAAUUGUUGAGAAGGAUGAAGGAAUUAUUUCAGCAAAAUCAGGCUGAACUGGACACUUUGAGACGGACACAAGAUGAACUCAAGCAAGGGAAGGCUAAACUUGAUGUUAUUUUGAGCAAAUUGGAUAAAGAGCAGAAUGAUCUGGAUAAAAAUAUAACACUUUUGAAAGAUAAGGAAGAGGAACUUGAUAAAGCUAUAGAGAGAGUUAGUAAUGAAGAACCGAUAGAUGUUGAUGAGGCAGUAACCACAACUGCUCCUUUAUACAAACAAUUACUGAAUGCUUUUGCUGAAGAAGCAGCUCUAGAAGAUGCAAUUUAUUAUAUGGGAGAGGCUCUGAGAUGUGGUGUCGUUGACCUUGACGUGUUUCUGCGACAAGUGAGAACUUUAUCAAGAAAACAAUUUAUCCUUAGGGCACUCAUGCAAAAGUGCCGUCAAAAAGCGGGACUUUCAGUUUAGUUUCAUUCAAUAUCCCUUCAAUUAUUUUUAAGUAAUUGGCAUUUUAUUGUUAAGUGUAUUAAAAAUUAUUGUGAUUAUGCUUUUAAGUAACUCAUGUUAAAUAGAAGAAUAUAGGAAUGUAUAAAUUAUAUUUUACAGAAUAAAGUUCUCUGUUUAUAAAUGCUA